CCGCAUCGCGCUGCCGGGUGGGGCCGGGGCUGCGGGCAUCGCCGCUGCGGCCGCAGUCGCCGUGGGGGGCCGGACCCGAAGUCCAUUCCGGUGCCGGUGGUGCGGGGGCCGCGGGCGGCGCUUCGCGGUGAGCGCGUCUCUCUUGGCCCCGGAACGGCCGCGGCACAUCGGGGCCUGCAGCGGCGCGGGGGCUCCGCUCUCCUCGUGCUGCCAGCGGGACAGCUCGGACGGGACAGGACUCCAGCCGGAGAUCCGCUGCCGUCCCUGAGCGCUCCGUCCCCGCUCCGCGCUGCGGCGUGGCUCUCCCCUCUCGCGGGUUGGGUUUGUCGUGCCCACGGUUUACGUUGUCGAGUGAAAUACCCAGGAACGUAGAAAUGUGCUUUUUCUCUCCCAGAUCUCCCAAGAAGAGCACUUCUUCUGCCCCAGUGCUCUUAUAACUGUAGGCUCUUGGUGGCCCGCGGGGCUCUGACAGUGUCAUCCAUCUGAUGAUGUAAGCAACUGGAACAAACUUUGUUUCGGUACAUUUCAGAUUCCCCUUCUAUACGGUCCAGUCCAUAGAAACUUUGAAAAUCCCUAUGACUUUCUCUGUGGUCCUCAUCUGUUCAUUGAGUCACAGAAUGGCUUGGGCUGGAAGGGACCUAAAAGAUCAUCUAGUUCCAGCACCCUGCCUUUAAUUUGUUGUCUUAUAAACAUUGAUUCUGGUGUCCACGUUCAGUUCCAUCAGUGUUUUGCACUGAAUAAAGGCCUUUCUGCCUGAUGUUUCUGAUAACCUUCAUCCUGACAGAGCUGUACUUCUGCAAGGACUGGCAGCUGAUGACUGCGCUGCUUCAGGGAGAUCCUUUCAGUUUGACAGACGCACAAGAAGUUUCCUUACUGCUUUUACUCUGUGCAUUUGCUUGCAGAAUGACUUCAGGCGUGUGACAAGAUAAGAAAACAGGCCACAAACUGCUUCCUAAGCUUAGAAAACUUGGUCUGAGGUUUAUGGACAGAGAUCAUUUGUGAUAAUGAGCUAACACUGUUUGCUGAUAUGCAGCCUUAACCUCAGUUGGUUCUCUUAGUAUUUCUAAGACCCUCUUUCACAGAAUAAUACUAAUUCAUAGGAUAAUACUGUUCUCUAUUCAAUCUGGGGAUAUUUUGAGAUAUUUGAAAAAAUAAUAAAAAUUGAUUGUUUUAAAAUUUAUUCAGGUUGCUUUCAGGGAUUCUAGAGGAAAUAGUGAAGAAGAAUGGCUUUUAAUGUCCUCAGCAGGCAGGUUGUAUCUGGUCCUCCAUUUCUUAUCUGAUUUGAGUUCGGUGGGUAUGUCUGAAUAAUUACUUGAUUGUUCUUAACAAAGGAUAUUGUGUAGGUGGGAAUUAUUUUGGAUGAGAGCAGGUAACUGCUGGGAAUAAUGCUUGAGAGUCAGACUUUUUUCAGAAUUUGACUUUUUUCAGAAUUGCCAGACCUGGAUUUCUUGGUACAGUGCAUAUCUCAAUGGUGGACACCCUCAGAUUUUUCAGGAAAUAACACUGAACAUAUGCUCCAAGGAUGUCUCUCUCUCUUAUAAUAAAAUGGGGUGGACAGGAGUAUACAAUAACCUCACUAUCAGAAGAGGACACGGUGUUGGAUCUGAAGCAAUCUCUUAAGGGCCUUACUGGAGUGUUACCAGAGCGCCAAAAAUUACUUGGACUUAAAAUGAAGGGGAAACCCGCGGAUGAUGAUGUUAAGCUUGGAGCUCUCAAGUUAAAACCAAAUACUAAAAUCAUGAUGAUGGGCACUCGUGAAGAGAGUUUGGAAGACGUCCUUGGGCCACCUCCUGAUAAUGAUGAUGUCAUCAAUGACUUUGAUAUUGAAGAGGAAGUUGUGGAAGUAGAAAACAGGGAAGAAAAUCUACUAAAAAUUUCUCGCAGAGUUAAAGAAUACAAAGUGGAAAUUCUGAAUCCUCCCAGGGAAGGAAAAAAGCUGCUGGUGCUAGAUGUUGAUUAUACACUAUUUGACCACAGAUCUUGUGCUGAAACUGGGGUAGAACUGAUGAGGCCAUACCUUCAUGAGUUCCUGACAUCUGCAUACGAGGAUUAUGAUAUUGUAAUUUGGUCUGCUACUAAUAUGAAGUGGAUUGAAGCUAAAAUGAAAGAGCUUGGUGUGAGCACUAAUGCAAACUACAAGAUAACCUUUAUGUUGGACAGUGCUGCCAUGAUAACAGUGCACACUCCUCGAAGAGGACUAAUAGAUGUGAAGCCUCUUGGUGUUAUCUGGGGAAAAUUUUCAGAAUAUUACAGCAAAAAGAAUACUAUUAUGUUUGAUGAUAUCGGCCGAAACUUCCUAAUGAAUCCACAGAAUGGACUCAAGAUAAGGCCUUUUAUGAAAGCACAUUUAAAUCGAGAUAAAGACAAGGAGCUUCUAAAGCUCACUCAGUACCUGAAAGAAAUCGCAAAAUUAGAUGACUUUUUGGAGCUGAAUCAUAAACACUGGGAAAGGUAUCUUUCAAAGAAACAAGGACAAUAACAGUAACAAAAUUGUUUAGCACUGAAUCAAAGGGAACUUAACUCAGAUCAUUGGACUUUUCCUUGCUUAUACGCUAGAGUAUAAUAGUGCUGGACACUGGAUACAAUGCCAGAACGACUGCUAUACUUGGUCUUCCAGUUGGGUGGUUGUGGGUUAUUUUUAGUUGUUUUGUUUCAUGGUGGGGUUUUUUGCUUGUUUUCUCCUAAAGAUCACAGCAAUAAGCUCAGAGUGGGAGAAACAAGUCAGUUACUUUUCCUAACAUUCGGUUCUACAGUGUCACUACAAAUAUUUUUCUCUCCUUUUCUGCUGAAGUACAACCAUAACCGUUAAAGACCAAAACCAUUCUGAAACUAGAAAAAAAAUUAGACCAAAAAAGUUGGGUAAGGAGCCAAUUUUGACAGUGUAUGAAUUGUAUAAGCCCUUUAUUCCCUCCAUCUUUAGAAACAGUCUCCCUCACCCAGUCCAGUAUUUAAAUCUAUAAAUUACAAGUUGUCUAAGUUUGGUAUGUAUUAGUAUGUCAGUGUUUAUCUGUGCAAGACAGUAAGAUGGGAAGGUACCACCUCUGUGGCCAGUUUCUCCCAAUAUGUGAACUCGUACUAUAAAGCAGUGUUUACUGGAAAACAGAAGACUGAAAACUGAGGGAGAUAAUCCCACUCCUAUCUGGUAACUGAAAAGCAGUCUGCCUGAAAAAUUCUCAUACAUCAGACAAAGGGUUUAGACCUCAGAUGGGAAAGUCACAUCCCUAACAAAGCAUGAACAAAACCCUUGUUCUCUUCUAGCUCAAUCUUGUCAAAGUGCAAACACUGUGUUUAAAUACAAUAUCCAGCCAUACUGUUCUUAAAAUAUCAUUUACUUGCGCUGCUUAUGCCUGCACUAUAGAAGUGUGAUGUGACUGCUGUUUGGCAUUACCAACACUUGUGCAUUAUGCAGUUCAUGUAUUUGAAAGAAGUCUGACCCUUUCAAAUAAAAAUGGUAUAUAUUGUUCUUAAGGAACUAUAGCAGUUGUGUAAAUAAUAAAUACCUUUUUCAUAA